UCUCGCGCAUCGCCCAUCGCUCAAUCCGAUUCGAACGGCCAGCGAAGGCGAACGUGCGGCUAGCGAACUCGCGCGUCCGAGCAAGCGUGGUGUGUGGACAGAGUUUUGGCAGUGUGUGGUUACGUGCGUGGUUUCAUCGUGCUGAAGAAAUACUCGAAACUAUCCCAAUUCCGUUUGAACAAUUCAAACACUUUGUCGCGUGAGCCAGCCAAGAAACCCGAACCCGAGAAGAGUUUUCGGGGGGCUCCUAAUUGAAACCUGUUUGCUGGUGUUGUUUGUGUGGAUCGAAAUUGUGUGAUCUUCCCCAUUCUAUAUUGAGUUUUAUAGGUGGAUUUGUGGAGAAACAAGUUAUUGGCCGGUACGGGCUCAGAAGUUGUGUGCCAGUUUCGGGAGUUUCGGGAUUUUCGACCGGUCGGAAGUUCCUGCUUCUCCAGUGCGAAACGGGAGUGAGAGUGAGUCGGUGAGUCGUUUCCGCGUGUGGGUGUAAGUGUGUCUGUGACCGCAAUAUCUUGUCUGGGGAAUUCUUGAAUUUCUUGCCGAAAACAAAAUCGAAGAUAAUCAACCCCGACAGCGCCCCACAAGCAAAGUUAGCGACGCGGGCUCGCGAGUGAUCAACAGCAGUGUGUGUGAUCUUACCGGUAAGAAGGGGCAUCUUUGCCGGGCAAGAUAGGAAAUAAGAGAAACCGGACUCGCUCGCUGACCUGCGAUAGAAAGGCUGUGGUGUACAUAACGCGAACAGAGAAGUGUUUGAAUUUCCCGAAUCGAGCCCGUUCUUCCAAAAAUUCCACACCGGAACAGGUUUCGGUAGACAGAACCGCUGUCUGUAUGCAAAAAAAACCUUUAUCUUCGGAAGCUGUGGACGAUUUUUAGCGUGUGCUUUGGCGGGAUAAAGAUGGACUGCAGGUAGGCGCGAGAAGGAGAAGUGGAAGCGGUAGGAGGCAAAAAAGGUACAUAUUCCCUCAGUUCCGCGUGUCGGUGGUUCAGUACGGUUCGAGACGCGAGCAAGGAUGCAUGCGGCCAGGAUAGUAGCCUGCCUGCUCGUCCUGUUCGGUGUGCGGUCCAGUGUGUGCAGUUUGCCGUGCGAUUUCAUAGAUUCGGUCAACAUUACCGAUGGCGAACGGUUGCCGAAUGAUGAGAUCCGGCACAACGGUGUGAUCUACAACAAGACGUACUACCGGGUGAUUGAUUACGACUACCAGGACUUUGCUACGAAAAGGUACGUGCCGAACUAUGUGCGCGGCUGCCUGUGCGCGGUGCGGAUCUGUGUGCGGCUGUGCUGCGGCGAGCACGAGUAUCUCGGCAAGCGGUGCACGCACACGGACGACUAUCUGCCGAUCCUGGUGAACGUGAGCGCGACGGAAGCGGUCGAUCUGCGGAACCAUUCACUGUACGGGUUCCUGUACGGGAAGCCGUGCGAGCAGGUGUACGAGCUGCUGCCGGAGGAAAGCUCGGCCGACGAGUGGAGCAUCGCGAGGAACGGCAGCCUUAUCAUUGCGGACGAGCUGCUUAUCCCACGGAACCAGUACUGCCUAGCGCCGAGACAGAAUAAUGGCUUCGCCUCCGGACUCGUCUGCUUCACCACGAACGAAGAAUUCAAGUACAAUCUUUAUCCGGUCGGCAUGCUGCUGUCCGUUCCGUUCCUGCUGCUCACCUUCUUCGUGUACGCCUGCAUACCGGACCUGCGGAACAUGCACGGCAAGUCGCUGAUGUGCUACGUGCUGGGCUUGAGCGUCGGUUACACCGUACUGUCGAUGGUGCAGCUGCGUGUCUUCCCCGGCUUGAGCGCGUCCUGCGUAAUCUCCGGGUACAUCGUUUACUUCUCGUUUAUGGUCAGCUUCUUCUGGCUGAAUGUGAUGUCGUUCGACAUUUACUGGACGUUCAAAGGCGUCACGGGUGUUCGCAGCUCGGAAACGAAGAAAUUUCUCCUGUACUCACUGUACGCCUGGGGCUGCCCGAUCCUGCUGGUAGCGACGGCAAUUAUAGCGGAUUACACCGACAUCUUGCCGAUCUAUUUGCGGCCCCAGUUUGGUACGACCAGGUGUCUCUUUGUUGAAAACAAGCUGAUUGAAUUCCUGUAUCUGUACAUGCCGCUGCUGAUUCUGGUGUUUAUGAAUGUGGUGUUUUUCGUCAUUACUGCGCUGCGUAUCUACAAGAUACAGUGCGAAACUUCGGUGGUGCGCCGGGGUGACUCGAAACGGCACACCAAACUUGACAACGACCGCGAUAGAUUCGGACUCUACCUGCGACUGUUUAUCGUGAUGGGAGUCACCUGGUCGCUGGAGAUUAUCUCCUGGGCCGUCGAUAAUAAUGCCUGGAUAUUUUACGUCUCGGACGUGUGUAACUGCAUUCAAGGAUUUCUCAUUUUCGCCCUGUUUGUGUUGAAGCAGAAAAUUAAACGAUUAAUCUACAAAAAGUUCGGCAUUCGGGAAAUCCGACAGGAGCAGAAGACGUCAUCGUGCAGUACGCGAACAACGGCCACCAUGGUUUCGUCCUACCAGGAGUCCAAGUCGGACAACCCGUUGGUUACGCGUGAGUCGAACGCGAUCUAAGGCGGCUGCAAGAGAGCGCAAGAAACGAUCGGCAACAGGCGUUCGAUCCCCGCGAAGGUGUUUGUUUUGCGCCAAAUCUCAUAUACGAUGACCGAGCGAGACAUUGUUCCAAACCAAAGAACGAACGUGAGAGAGAAAGAGAGA